AUGCCAAAGAGAAGGAAGGACGCCCGGAUCGACCUCGGGACGAGCGGGCGCAUGCCCACGAAAGAAGGCCGGAGCGUCGAGACGAUUUCCGAAAGGAUGAUCGGCGUGAAGAUCGUCGAGAAGAGCGGCACGAACGGCGGGAUGACCGACGCGACGAGCGACGGGAUGAACGACGGGACGAGCGGCGAGAUGAACGACGUGAUGAGCGACGAGAUGACCGUCGAGACGAUCGCCGAGAAGGCCGCCGGGACGAAGGGAGAUCGCGAGAACGGCGAGAUGAUCGCCAGGAGCGCAGAGAAGUUCGAUUGGAAGAUCGACGUGAUGAUAGGCGAGACGAUCGCAGAUAUGAGCGAAGAGAUGAUCGGGCAUAUGAAAGAAGAGAAGAGAGAAGAGAUGACCGACAAGGAGACCGUCGAGACCCAAGGGACGAACGGUAUCCGGAGCAUCGGGAUGAUAGAUAUGGUGGUCGACAGGAGGAACAGCGCUGGGACAACCGUCAGGAGCACUACCGGCGAGACCCGAAAGAGCAGAGUUCCAGGCACUACGAUGUGGCACCUCAUGGCAGUCACGGUGGCCGUGAUGGACAUCGUGAUGGGCGUGAAGUCAGGCGAGAUGACCGCCGAGAUGAGCGACGGGAUGACCGCCGCGACGACCGAGCGCAGGAGCGGCGGGACGAUCGACGAUAUGAAGAGAGGUGGGGAGCGCCCCCGCACGGACGAGCGCUGGUCAGAGGUGCCCGCUCUGCCAUUCUAG